AUGCAAGAAAAUACACAUUCUACUUUAAAAUUAUUUCUGAUUAUUAGUCAAAUAAUGGGUUAUUUUCCUGUACAAGGUUUAUCUGAAAACAAUUCUCAGUUCCUAAAAUUUUCAUGGUUCUCUUUUAAGACAAUUUAUUCAUUGUUACUAUUGCUCUUUUCAGUUUUUGUAACCUUAUUAAUUAUUAUUUGUAGACUUACUGAUCAAGUGUUGUAUAUAGAAGUCGCUAUUUCUGGAAAGAGAUUUUUUACAGUAAGAAAAAAAGCUAUUUUGACUAUUGCUGGUAUUGUGGCCACAUACCAGUUGGUACUAAAACAAUUAAACACACAAAUUAUACCAAAAUUAAUGUUGGUACUAAUUUAA